AUGUUACAAAAAAGUUACGGCCCAGUUUUUGUGAUCCUGACUUCAUCGAUUCUGUUUUUAACUUCUUCAUUAGCACAGAUUUUGAGUUCUAUCGAUUUCAAAUUCCGCGAAGAACAAGUUCAAGGUAGCUAUGUGGGAAACGUAGCUGUUAGCAGCCGAUUGGCUUCCACGCUUUCUGAAAAUGAGUUUUCGAGGUUAAAGUUCAACCUGCCAGAUUCCAAAUAUUUCAGGAUAGAUGAAAAGAGCGGGUCUCUAAUUUCAGCGGUAAGAAUUGAUCGUGAGGAUGUAUGUCAAGGCCAGGACGCCUGUAAAUUAACAAACGAAAUUAUUGUUUAUACCAGAAUCGGCGCUGGUAAUUACGAUAUUUUAAAAGUAAUUACGAUGAAUGUCGAAAUUUUAGACAUCAACGAUAAUUCUCCAGAAUUUCCCAGCCGUGUGGUUGGUCUGAUGAUACCAGAGUCCAACGAUCCGAACCAUGUUCUGCGAACUCGUGGCGCUGUGGAUAAGGACACUGGAGAGAACUCGGUAAAGGAAUAUCGUUUUCAAGAUUUGACUAACACCUUUCGGUUGAGCGUUCAUAAGAACCCCGAUGGGUCUUCGUACCUAGGAAUUGUUGUGAAGGAGAGGCUGGAUCGUGAGGUCAGAGACUUCUAUCAGGUGACAAUUGUAGCCACGGAUGGGGGAUUCCCCCAAAGGUCGGGGUCAGUUGUGAUAAAUAUAACAGUUACUGACGUCAAUGAUAAGAGUCCGGAGUUUUCUCAAUCGUCCUAUAAUGAAACAAUGCAGGAGAACAUGGCCUUGAAGGUUCCGAUCAUGAAAGUUAGAGCUGUUGACGCAGACAGCGGCAAAAAUGCUGAAAUCUCUUACCAGUUCAGUUCCCGAGUUUCUCAUAAGUUCAGGCAGAACAAUAUUGACUUUGAGGAGGAUAAGCUUUUCCAGUUCAUCGUUGAGGCCGUUGACCAAGGAACUCCACAGAUGACAUCGAGAACAAAUGUCAAUCUCCAUGUCAUUGACAUGAAUGAUAAUUAUCCACAAAUUCUGAUCAAUUUACCACCGACGGGAACUGAAGUUGCAGAAAAUGAACCAGUAGGGAAAUUUAUUGCGCAUUUAACUAUAAUUGAUUUGGAUAGUGGGACUAACGGAGCUGUGGUCUGUGCAAUGGAUGACAAUAACUUUUCUUUAGACAAGUUCAUUGACCAUUCAUCGAAUAGGUACAAAGUUGUGUUGGCUAAGACUUUGGAUUACGAGCAGAAUACCUACCAUAGAGUUUCAAUAACCUGUUCUGAUGGUGGAGUUCCAAAGUUGUCAAAUUCAACAACUUUUAUCGUUAGUGUGCUGGAUGUCAAUGAUAAUCCACCGACAUUUACGGAGUCCACUUAUACUGAGGCUGUUUUAGAAAACCAGGAGGGCGAUGAGGAAAUCCUGGAAGUCACGGCUCACGAUUGGGACAGCGGGGAGUUUGGGAGAGUGUCUUACACCAUCGAGGACAAGUUCUCCGAUGUCUUCAGUAUACACCAAGCUACAGGGGUCAUACGAGUUCUGCGCAUGCUCGACAGAGAGGAUGUAGCCAGAUAUGAGUUCUACGUCAUUGCUCAAGAUAACGGCCCAGAAAAAUUGUCAUCGUCAGCUCUUGUCGUUAUUAUUGUUGACGAUGAGAAUGAUGAACCGCCUAGGUUCCUCAAUCCUGUGUAUUUCGGAGAGGUUCUAGAGAACCAGCCUGCAGGGACGUCAGUCGGAGUUGCCAUAGCUGUUGAUAAUGAUAGCCCAGCGAAUGCUCAGAUGGUUUACUCUGUUCUUGAACUCGGAGAGGAUUAUAUCUACUUUUCAAUGGAUCCACCAACUGGGAUUAUUGUUAGUGAAUCCACGUUUGACAGAGAAAAGAAAGAGCAUUACUUUUUGAUGAUCCGAGUGGUAGAUCCAACAAAAUUAAGUUUCUUUAGUGUCUGCAACUUUACAGUCCGCAUUUUGGACGAAAAUGAUCAUGCCCCUGCCAUACGCAUCUCAUCUGAAGACAACUCCACUCUUUUCAUUUCAUAUUCAGCUCCGAUUGGAUCAGUAAUCACCAACAUCUUUGCUUACGAUGGCGAUGAAACUUCCUCUCAACAUUCCAAAAUGCGAUUUCUCAUUGAGAAAGGAGAUCCGGAGCAGCUUUUCGAACUGGACAGCCACACCGGAAGUCUCAGCCUUGCCAGAGCAAUUACAGUCAGAGAUUUCAAGACCUACAAUUUAAAAAUUGUAGUUAACGAUGGCGGAACGCCACCUCGUUUUGACACGAAACAUCUUAGUAUUAAGGUCAACGGAACUAUUCCUGAUGUCGAAGAAGCUGGGAUAAGUGAAAACAUUAUUAUUGCUAUCAUUAUAGUGUGUGUUACUGUUAUUCUUGUGUGUGUUAUUGUAAUCACGAUACUGCUCAUUCGGAAAUUCGAUCGCCAAAGACGGAGAAAUAGGGCCAACGAAAAAAUUACGGAGGAGAAUAU